AUGUCGACCGCUACAUUGCGAGCUAUUACGCAUCGCUUAACAACUACUCCGGUCGAACAAUUGCCCUCGAUAGCUUCAUUGCUUGCAACUUCAUUGAACGAUUGCGCCGCACUCCUCUCUGCCCCGCAAACUCAGAGAUCUGGAAAGUCGGACUCUGAGAAUGCUGUUCAAAUACAUAAGUUGAAGACUAGACUGGCUAGUCUGUUGCAGGAUCGUAGCGUCGAGGGAAGAUGGACAGCCGUUGUUCUCGUAAAGGCUGCGGUCGAAGCUGGUCAAUGGGAAAUUUUGCGUGGAUAUGAGCCCAUUGUUCGCAGUUUGAUUGGAAUCCUGGCAAAACCCGAUCCGAUCUCUACGAGGAAGAUGUGCAUUAUCACACUGACCCGGAUUUUCCACCUCACCUACCAGUACCCAACGCUUGUCCGAGAAAUCACGACUCCUCAACUCCCAGGAUUCAUUACUGCUGCUUUGAACUUGGUUUCUACGGUGACGAAGACUUCAUCGGGCUCAACCCGGAAGCCAAAGCCCAACACCCCGUUCAUGGAGAUUGUUUUGCAUGCCUUGCUGGAAUUGAUACCUAGACAUAUCACCAUCUUCCGUCCGUUUAGCUCCCAGCUUCGAUCUCUUCUCGCCGAGGUUAUUGGCUCCUCUUCGCCUGCAUACUUCCCAGAGCAUGUCAUUGACGCCGCCGAACGGCUGCUUGUCUCGCUUCAUAAGUGCGCACCAAAGGACCAAGCGAGCACCGGGUGGAAAGAUGAUUGCAAGGCAACAAUUUUGGCUAUUCACCAAACAGCCGAUCACGUUCUCCGCGCCGUGAUUGAGCAAUGGGAGUCAGUCGAUGGAAGCCUGACUCACGUCCGACCAAAUUACAGCCAAGAAAUGAGCAACGAGGGUCCAAAUAACCUUGGACUGCCAGCAUGGCAAGGACUGCACACAGGUGUGGACAGGCUGAUUGCACUCUUGAACAUCCUCUCUGGUUUCUUGUCGACGCCAUCUGCUGCAGCAGUCGCUCUUCCCUUGGGUUCUAUCCUAGAUGUGACCUCCCGACUGACUUCUGUGACCGUUCCUCUCACCAGUGACUCAUCUCAAUCUGGUAUUCAGCUCAACCAGGAAAUCAGCCGUGAUGAGCGGGAGGGACUUUGGAUGGAGCUUCCUCGCAUUCAUAUUGCUUGCAUGGGCUUGCUCUCCAACGUCGUUAGUGUAUUGGAGACCAGCGCAACAUCGGUAACACAGACCAUCCUCGAGCAGGCCGUCUGGACUUUCAAGGGUGAGAAGUUCAAUCAAGAUCUUCGUUCUGCUGUCUACGGUUUACUUCGUUCCCUGGUGCCCGUCAACGGACCUGCGAUGACAAAACACAGCGUGGUAUCUCUGACAACUGUUCUGCGAGCUUGCUGCCAUGAUUUACUUCCACCGACUGGAGACUCCAGCUCGACCGGCAAUGCAAGUUCUGAUCCUAAGCCCAAGUCGAAAGGUGGGCAAGGGACAAACAAUGCCGACGCUUUUUUGAACCCCGAAUUGCAGAACUCUCGUCAGGCACAGGCUUCUCAAUUCUUGGAUUUGCAGCAAAAUGCAUCUGCACUUCUCCAGGCCGUACUAGUUUCAAUUCCUGCCGAGCUCGUUCCGCCAUCUGUCAGGGCUGAAGUGGACCGCACAAUCAUCCUGACAACCGACAAAGGUCCUAUGCUUGCCAGCGUCUUGAACCCUGUUCCAGCGGCCAAGGGCCGUGGAGCAGCCUCGAGUAUCAUCCCUUUCUUGGUUCGUCCCUACGGUGAUCAGAUGGAAGUAGAGGCUCUGGUCCGGCCUAGAAUGCCAGUUUUGAUGACUGCGCCUGAGCUUGAUGCCUAUGCCGAUGAAGACGAAGAAGUAGAAGGCGAGGACAUGGGUGAUACGGCUUAUAACGCUGCGCCUAAAACAUCUGAAUUUUUGAAGCAACCUGUGGCAAUGCCCCUGCAGGUCCCACAAGCAGAUCAACCGAAGGCCAUAGACCCAGUUCCUACUUUCCAAAAGCGGACCUACACGGAGGAAUCUACAACAGAGGAGCCAACAUCCCAGAAGCAGGAUGUUCAGGUCAAAAAGGCACGAUUUGAGGAACUUGUUCCAAGUACUUCGAAUCAGAAGCCGUUCUCUCAGCCAGCUCUCGCAGUUACUCAAGCCGAGGCUCCUAAGGUGUCAGCGUCAGUCUCCACGAUCCCUACUACUUUGGCCCCCCAAGCUACACUAGAGGAUGAUAGCGAUGACGAACUGCCCACACUGAACGUCGACUCUGACACUGAUGAAGAAGAUGAUGAUGUAACGAUGGAGGGAUAA